AUGGGAUUUGGCACAGCGCCCAUCGUCUUAACUGCAGCCCCUUUCAAGGGUUCGAUACCCACCCUCAUAUCCCUUCCGAAUGCGGACAAGCCACCAUUCUAUAUCCAAGCUCCCAAUUGGCGCAGCUUGCUUAAGUUCAUGGCACGUUUGCCGGCGACGCGCGUCGAGCCGUCUAUCGAAGUGCUCAAGAAGCUGAAGGGAGAAGCGAGACUGCGGAUCGUCAUAUCAUUUGUCAAGGUGCACAGCACGUCGUCGGCAUGGCUCACCGCAGUGUACAUGUCCAUCGACGUGCCCGUACCUGUGAACACACCCAACGCGGUGCGCUUCCGCAACGGCGACUCGAGUGUGCUUCCUUGGUCGUACACGAUCUGUUCCCCGCCCGCCGUGCUGCGCGACGGCGCAGAUGCGCCCAUCUCCAAAUUCUACACCAUCCCAAGCGUGCCGGGGAAUCUCUACCCCACACUCCCGACGACGUUCCCGGACCUCGCGAUGUACCUCGCCUCAGCGCUCGAGUUGUCGCGCAACGGACCGCCCGAAGGAUAUCCGGGGCUGCGUCGGCUCUCGAAGAUCGUCGACACGCUGUACCCCGAGGACCGGAGCGAGAUGGAGGCGGAUGAGAAGCCGGGGAUGCGCCAAAAGUUCAAGAACUUCGUCGGCCUUGGGAGCAAGCCGCAGAGGAGCAGGAACGCCGAGAUGUAUGACCUCGUUACGCCGUUCGUCCCAGAUGAUUAUGGGCGGUGA